AUGGAAAAUCAGACCACAGUGACUUAUUUUAUUCUUUUGGGAUUUUCAUACCAUCUACCAGUCCAGAUUUUCCUCUUUUUGGUGUUUGUAUUCAUUUAUGCAGUCACUCUGAUGGGGAAUCUGAUCAUUAUGGUGGUAAUAAAACUCAACAGUCAUCUUCAGAGCCCCAUGUACUUUUUCCUUAGUCAGCUGUCUUUUCUCGAUAUCUGCUAUUCUUCAGUCACGGUACCUCAGCUGCUAGUCAAUUUCUUUGCUGGGCAGACGAUUUCAUACAAUAGCUGCAUUACCCAGAUGUUCUUCAUCUUUCUGACCUCUUCCUCUGAAAUUUUACUCCUUACGGCAAUGGCUUAUGACCGAUAUGCUGCCAUAUGCAACCCACUACAUUAUGUAAAAAUGAUAAAUAUACCUUUAUGUAAACAGCUGGUUGGAGUGGCAUGGACAGUUGGUUUCUUCUAUGCCAUCACAAAUACACUACCUGCUUUGAAGCUUUCCUUCUGUGGUCCAAAUGUUAUCAGGCACUUCAGCUGUGAACUUCCAUCUCUUCUUGCCUUAUCGUGCACAGGAACUUCAAUGAGUAAGAUUAUAUUCUUUAUUAGUGGUGGAGCAGUAGGGGGGAUGGCAUUCUUUCUUACGUUGCUGUCCUAUAUCCACAUAAUCUCUACCAUCCUGAAGAUUGCUUCUGCAGAAGGCAGAAGGAAAGCCUUUUCUACUUGCAGUUCCCACCUCAUUGUGGUGGUUUUGAUUUACGGGACUGGCUACUUCCGAUACCUCCGGCCCGAUUCUGCCUCGUCGAUAAUUCUGGAUGAACUGUUUUCUGUUCAGUAUAGCAUCUCUACACCCAUGUUAAACCCAAUUAUUUACAGCCUGAAGACAAAAGAGGUGAUGGAAGCAAUUAAAAAACUAAUAAGACAAAAACAUUGA